CCGUAGGAUCUGUCCCAGUCCAGAAUCCCAGAAAGAGUUACCAUCUGGAUAAGUUGAUUCGUAUCCACCCCACUACGAAUGACCAUGUCCGAGCUCUGGAAAGACUACAAGACAACCCGACUCUCAAGAUCGACUUCUGGAAGAGACCGCAUUUAAACACUGAUGUAGAAAUUCACGUGCCAAUAAAAAUGUACAAUUACCUCAUAAAGCGACUGUCACGUGUUGGCCUACAACCAAUCAUUUUAGUCCAUGAUUUACAAAGUGUAAUUGACCAGGAACAAUCCUCCAUGCAGAGUCCUGAUUACGUCAUCGACUCAACAGGCGCCAUUAUCACUCCCUUGAAUAAUCCCAAAAACCAAGAUAUCGUGGGAAAAUUCGCAAGACAUUCCGAGAUCGACAGUUGGCUUACGAGCGUGGCGUUACAAUACCCCACACUCGCUAAAGUGGAGUCCUUGGGAACGUCGUACGAAGGUCGAGACAUGAAAAUUAUAAAGCUUGGUAAAAACAAUGAAGCGCGGACUAAGCCGGUGAUUUGGAUCGAGGCCGGAAUUCAUGGCAGGGAAUGGAUCGCACCUGCAACUGCCAUCUACACAAUAAACAAGUUUUUGACAGAAUAUGGGUCGGAUUCUGAGGUGACACGGUUGAUGGAUGAGUUUGAUUGGCACAUCAUUCCCUCGGCCAACCCAGAUGGAUAUGAGUACAGCCACAAUACGGAUCGACUUUGGAGGAAAACUCGGAGUCGCCAGUCAGGUCGAUGUGUUGGAGUGGACCCAAACAGAAACUUUGACAUCUCCUUUGGAGGUGCAGGUACAAGCACCAAUCCCUGUAGCGACAUUUAUCCCGGAAGCAGAGCCUUCUCCGAGUCAGAAACUAGCAACAUCCGUGACGCUAUAUUGUCAGAGAGAGCCCGGAUCAAGCUGUUUCUAUCGUUCCAUGCUUACUCCCAGCUCUUACUGACACCGUACGGCUACACCUACAGCAAGCCGUCAGAUAAUUCAGAGAUGAUGCGGGUAGCGGAAGCUGGCAUGGCGUCAUUGAAGACAAUCCACGGAGAGGUGUACACCGCCGGAACUCCACCUGAUCUCCUGUAUGCCGCCUCUGGUGGAUCCUAUGAUUGGGCGAAGUCGGUGGCGGGAAUCAAAUACGCGUACACUUACGAAAUGAGACCGGCGGAGGCUAGUUUUGGACAAUCCGGAUUUAUCCUGGCCGAGUCAGAAAUUAUACCAAACGCUGAGGAAGUCUGGGCAUCAUUGGUUACCAUAGCGACGGAGAUACAGUACUAAAAAGGGCGUUCUUAGAGGAGCCGAUAUUUAGGUUUUAUGAAUACGGAUUCUGACAAUGAACUACAUCGCUACAUAUAAA